AUGAAGAAUGUUCAUCGGGGGUUAAACAUGUUUAGGAACAAUAUUGGCUUUGAAAUUGAAAGCCAUUAUGACAUAAUUCUUCAUUCCUGUAACAGUUUAGCUUUUCUCGCACAGGUACACUCCUUUCUUACUACCACCGGCAUUAUCAAGCAAAGUGUUCAUUUGGGUGCACGGGUUAUCAUCAAAUAUUCCGACUUCUUGCAUCUUGAAAGUGCUAGGUUCGUGUUUGAUGCMACCGAUCAUGAAUCCAGUUCUUUCUUGUGGAACACGAUGCUCCGUGCCUAUGCAAACACUGGUUUCUGCUCGGAGGCUUUGGAAUUCUAUUCACUUAUGCGCAAAACUGGCGUUCAACCGAAUAAUUACACAUUCCCAUUUGCUCUCAAAUCGUGCGCAGCUAAUUUGUUGUCUACCUAUGGAAAAUUGGUUCAUUCUGAAGUAAUAAGAACUGGGUUCGGUUCAGAUAUUUAUGUGGAGGCCGCUCUUGUUGAUAUGUAUGCAGGAUGUGGUCUUAUUGAAGAUGGUCGCAAGGUGUUUGAUAAAAUGUCAAAGAGGGAUCUUGUGUGCUGGACUGCAAUGAUCACAGCUUAUGAACAAGCUGAGAUGGCUGAGACAGCUUUGUUUCUGCUUCAUCAAAUGCAACAAGAGGGACUCUCAUUGGAUUGGGUUACAACUGUGACAGUUGCGUCUGCUAUUGGCCAGUUAGGAGAUGCCAAGAGAGGUCGGGCCGUUCAUGGAUACGCCAUUCGUAAUGCAUUCUUUCAAGAGUUACCCGUCGUUAAUUCCAUUCUAGCCAUGUAUGCCAAAUGUGGGGAGAUUGAAAAUGCAGAACUGAUCUUUGAUCAUACAAAGCAAAGAAAUUGCAUAACUUGGAAUUCUAUGCUUACUUGCUAUACCCAAAAUGGACUAGCUAGCGAAGCUCUGUUACUUUUUGAACGAAUGAAGAUAUCCAAUGUCAAUCCUAAUCAGGUGACGGCAUUGAUCCUUGUUUCAGCAUGUGCUUAUCUUGGUUCCCGUCAGCUUGCAACCAAGAUCCAUGAUUUUAUUCUCCAAAACGAAAUAGAAAUCAACCUAACAUUGUGGAACGCGAUACUGGACAUGUAUGCCAAAUGUGCAAAUUUGGAAACUGCUUUAAAAAUGUUCAAAGAAGUGCCYGUGAGCCACCUUGAUGUGAGUUCCUGGAACACUUUAAUAUCAGGGUUUGGCAUGCAUGGUUAUGGAAAAGAAGCACUCARACACUUCAGCAAGAUGAUAAAUGAAGGCUUUCAACCAAACCACAUCACCUUCAUUUCUGUUCUUUCUGCUUGUAGCCAUGCAGGGCUUGUUGAUGAAGGAAAAAAGUGUUUCUCAGAAAUGGAAAGAUUAUCUGUGACACCAGAGCCAAAACAUUUCKCUUGUAUGGUUGAUAUGCUUGGCCGAGCUGGACUCUUAGAUGAAGCUUACGAAUUGAUAAAAAGUAUGCCAUCAGAGCCAAAUGACGAAAUUUGGGGAGCUUUGCUUUUGGCUUGUAAAAUUUAUGGAAAUACAAAUUUAGCAAAAGUUGCUGCUGAUAAUCUUUUCCACCUUGAACCACAACAUACCGGAUAUUAUGUAUUAAUGUCAAAUAUCUAUGCAGCUUCAAGAAAUUGGCAAGAAGUUGGAAAUCUGAGACAAGAUAUGAAAAAUAAAGGGUUAAGAAAGCCUGCAGCACUGAGUUUGAUUGAGUUUAAUAACGAGUUGCAUGGUUUUCACACUGGGGAGCAGUUGGAUCCGUUUACGAGAGACAUUUAUCGAAAGGUAGAGGGGAUGGUUGUAGAACUAAAAAUGGCAGGUUAUAUUCCUGAUUUAUCUUGUGUAUUUCAUGAUGUAGAAGAUGAAGAUAAGGACAGCAUGCUCAACUAUCAUAGUGAAAAGCUAGCUUUGGCUUUUGGGCUCAUAAAUAUUGAUACAAGAUUGCCUAUCCGCAUAACGAAGAAUCUUAGAGUUUGCAGUGAUUGCCAUUCGACUUUUAAAUUGGUUUCUUAUGUGUAUGGAAGGAAAAUUGUAGUGAGAGAUGUGAACCGCUUCCAUCAUUUUGAAGGUGGUUCGUGUUCGUGCAAUGACUACUGGUAAUGCAGA